AUGAAGUUCACCGUUUUGGCACUGCUUCUCUCUCAAGUGUGGGCGGCCCCUCAGGCCAAACGCUCCUCCAAUUUUCUCUGGCUUGGAAGCAAUGAGUCCGGCGCAGAGUUUGGCCAGGCCAACAUCCCCGGUGUAUUGGGGACUGACUACAUCUGGCCUGAUGCGAGUAAGAUCCAGGUCUUGGUGAAUGCGGGCAUGAAUAUCUUCCGCGUUCCGUUCAUGAUGGAGCGCCUGAUUCCGACUUCCUUGACCGGGGCGGCGGAUGCCACUUACCUGGCGGAUCUCAAGGCUACUAUCGAGUCUAUCACCAGCCUCGGAGCCUAUGCGGUCGUUGACCCCCAUAACUUUGGACGAUACUAUGGAAACAUUAUCACGUCUACGUCCGAUUUUGCCGCAUUCUGGACCACUGUUGCUAAGGUGUUCGCGUCAAACGACCAUGUCAUUUUCGACACCAACAAUGAGUACCACGAUGAAGACCAAACUCUUGUCUUCGACCUCAACCAGGCAGCGAUCACUGCCAUUCGUGCUGCCGGCGCGACCAGCCAGUACAUCUUCGUGGAGGGCAACUCCUACAGCGGCGCCUGGACCUGGACAACCUACAACACCAACCUCGUCAACCUGACUGACCCCUCGGACAAGAUCAUCUACGAGAUGCACCAGUACCUCGACAGCGAUGGCUCCGGCACGAGUUCUGACUGCGUGAGCACCACGAUCGGCGCCGAGCGCGUCGCCGCCGCCACCACCUGGCUGCGCCAGAACGGCAAGCGCGCGGUCCUGGGCGAGUUCGCCGGCGGCGCCAACAGCCAGUGUCUGACGGCCGUGACAGGGAUGCUGGACGCGCUCAGCGCCGCCAGCGACGUGUGGCUGGGCGCGCUGUGGUGGUCGGCCGGACCCUGGUGGGGCACCUAUAUCUUCAACAUGGAGCCGACGACCGGCACCGCCUACACCUACUAUCUGUCCCUGCUGCAGAGCUAUGUGCCCGGUGGUUCGUCGGGAACCACGACCACGACUGCCGUGGCCACCACCACUACCAGCAAGGCCUCCACGACGAGCACUACCACUACCAAGACCACCACCACUAGCACCAAGACGACUACCACCGCUACCUCCACCUCCACUGCCGUGGCGCCUCUUUACGGCCAGUGCGGUGGUAUCGGAUGGACUGGGGCGACGACAUGCGCUAGUGGCUCUACUUGCACUAAGCAGAAUGACUAUUACUCACAGUGCCUGUAG